UGCUGGUCGGAAAUGAAAAAGACUGGCCAAGGUAGAGCAGUUUUUUCUUUGUGCAGGUAUUUUUUCCCCCUAGAUUUCAGUCACUUAACUAAAUCGAAGUCUCGACGACGUGUGCAGCGUUAGCCACAUUACGGACUCAAACAUCAGUCAUCUUUAAGUCUGGGCACUCGUUGAAGUGUUGUCACCUACUUUAGCCUAGCCUAGCUGGCCAACCGCUGACAAAGCUGCAAGGCACGUCGUCAAGCGUUCAGAUAUCAAGUGAGGAAUAUGUUUGCGAGAACUACACCGGCUGCAGAAAAGUCCCAAGAGGAAUUUUGUGGAGUGAAAGAGUCGCCCCCACGUCACCAAGAAUCGACUGUGUACAAAAUAAUGCACUCAAAGGUUGUUCUUCGCAGACUCGAAGAUGUCAGUCAAUUGCAUCAUCCUGAACUCAAGGAGUCUGCUCGCAUGGAAGAAGAGGAGGAGGAAGACUUGCCAUACAUUAUGAAGGUCGAGGAGGAAUGUGUCCACAUUACAGAGGAGCGGAAGGAGUAUUUUAUUAGAGUUAAGAACCCCCACAUUGAGGAGCAGCAGCAACCUCAUCCCCUCAAAACGGAGGAGGAGGAUCCUCCGAAUGUGAAACAGGAGAUGGUGGACAUCCCCAAGUGGACUGGUGAGCCCCUGAAGGGUGAAGAUGGAGGUCCGAGUAAGACCAGCAGAGGGGCGGAGCCUCCAAGUGGCGGCAGCAGCAGUUCAACAGCAGGAUCCAAAGCCGACAUCCUCAUCACUCGACUGUCAGAUAGCGACGACACCACAUCACACUCGUUGUUCUGUUUCAGAAAAUAUCUUGAUGCUGAGCGGCAGGAGCCAGAAUCUCCUGGCGUUAAAGAGGACGUUGAGCUCCCCCAAAUCAAAGAGGAGGAGGAGCCAGAGCCCUGUGAACAGAAGCACCUUUCAAUCAAAAAGGAGGACGAAGAACUGCCAUAUGUUAAAGAGGAGGAGGAGCAUAUCACCAGGUCGACUGGUGAGCCCUUGAAGAGUGAAGAUGGUCCGAGUGAGGCAGGCAGAGGGGCGGAGCCUCCAAGCGGCAGAAGCUCAACAGAAGGAUUGCAAGCAGACAUUUUCAUCGCUCUGUCAGACAGAAAUGGGGCCACGUCACACUCACCUAACAAUGAUGAUGGUCAUAAAAAAUCUCACAGUGACAACAAACUCUGCAAAUGUUCUCAGUGUGAGAAAACCUUUGCUAAUAAGUAUACAUGUCGUAGGCAUAUGAGGAGCCACACGAGUGAAAAACCUUUUUCCUGCUCAGUUUGUGGAAAAAGUUUUGUUCAGAAGGGAGAUUUCACAACACACACAAGAACCCACACUGGUGAUAAACCUUUUUCCUGCUCAGUUUGUGAUCAAAGAUUCAGCCACAAGAGCACCUUAAUACAACACACAAGAAACCACAGUGGAGAAAAACCUUUUUCCUGCUCAGUUUGUGAUCAAAGAUUCGCUCGGAAGCAACACUUAAAACGACACACUCGAAUCCACACUGGCGAAAAGCCUUUUCCCUGCUCAGUUUGUGGUCAAGAAUUCAGUUAUAACAGUGCCUUAAAGGUACACUCAAGAACCCACACUGGCAAAAAACCUUUUUCCUGCUCAGUUUGUGAUCAAAGAUUCAGCCACAAGAGCACCUUAAAACAACACACAAGAACCCACACUGGCGAAAAACCUUUUUCCUGCUCAGUUUGUGGUCAAAGAUUCGCUCAUCAGCAAUACUUAAAAGUACACACAAGAACCCACACUGGUGAAAAACCUUUUUCCUGCUCAGUUUGUGAUCAAAGAUUUAGCCACAAGAGCACUUUAAUACAACACACAAGAAACCACAGUGGAGAAAAACCUUUUUCCUGCUCAGUUUGUGAUCAUAGAUUCGCUCGGAAGCAAACCUUAAAACUACACACAAGAACCCACACUGGCACAAAACCUUUUUCCUGUUUAGUUUGUGAUGAAAGAUUCGCUCAAAAGCAAUCCUUGAAAGCACACAUAACAACCCACACUGGCGAAAAACCUUUUUUCUGCUCCGUUUGUGGUCAAGGAUUCUCUCAUAAGGGAAACCUAAAACAACACACAAGAAUCCACAGUGGUGAAAAACCUUUUUCCUGCUCAGUUUGUGAAAAAGGUUUUGUUCAGGCGGGAGACUUGAGAAAACACACAAGAACCCACACUGGCGAAAAACCUUUUUCCUGCUCAGUUUGUGCUCAAGGAUUCGCUCGAAAGCAACACCUACAAAGUCACGAAAGAACCCACACUGGCGAAAAACCUUUUUCCUGCUCCGUUUGUGGCCAGAGAUUCUCUGUGAAGGGAAACCUAAAGCAACACACAAGAAUCCACACCGGUGAAAAACCUUUUUCCUGCUCAGUUUGUGAUCAAAGAUUCGCUCAGAAGCUACACUUAAAAAGACACAAAAGAACCCACACUGGCGAAAACCUUUUUCCUGCUUAGUUUGUGGCCAAAGAUUCGCUCGGAAGGAAGAGAUGAAGAGGCACGUGUGUGUUGGUGUGAGAAGCAAAGGCCAAUGACUGUUUUGCCUGUCAUCCAUGCUGGCUUCAUCAGAUUUUUCACACAGGACGAUUGUAUUCCGUCGAGCUUACUUAAAUCCUUUUGAAGUUGGCACUUUUGGUGCCUUGUUUUGUCCAAUUGUUGUUGUAUGAUGUACAUCCACCCUAUUGCCUAAACCUCAGCUGAUUGAACUCUCUCAAGUUUGUCAUGUUUGCGUGCCUUCUCAGUUGUUUUUCUUUUCAUUCCAGCACAUGAUUCAGCUGGAUGGGCGGGGCUGUGCAGCACAACUGUGUUGCGUUAGGAGCGCUCAUUAUUUAAAGACUCCUGAGUGUGCGAGUGUCGGACUUUGGCAUUCUUUGUUUUACUUUACUCGUUUACUUUGUUUUUUUGCUUUUUCUGGCCAUCGACGCCUUUCCCUUGGUUCUCUCGCUGACUUGGUUUGUGCCUCUUUUUGUUUGUAUUUUUUUCUCACGUGUUCUGGCGUGCUCCCUUGGUUUUGUCUUGUCAUAAAUUCUCAACAAACUUCCUCAUCUGUGUUGGAUCCAUAAUAUACGGCUCGCCGAUUCACUACAAAGUUAAGUGGUAUGAUUUAUCUCAUACUCUCCCUUUCAAACUACACUUUUCACAUUUAAUAUUUGAAACCGUAGACCCCGAAUUCCCAAAAAUUCCAAAAUCAUUCAAAAUACUGUCAUCAAAUAAAUAUGGAAAAUUGAAUAUAUUGUCACUAGUUUAUUUUUAUUCAUACAGUAAUUAAUACCUUGUUUUUAUUCAAUCCCCCGCAUUUAAAUGUGCUUUUCAAAUUUAUCUGAAGGAAUUCGGCCUCCCAGCCAAGCGGCCGAAUACGCGACAGGACCGAGAACAGGUCGACAGUGAUAAAAAAAACAAGGAAAAAGCAGACGACAACGAGGCAAUACUGGAACCAGGGUCAGCAAAACAACGGAUACAUCGAAAUGUCACCGAGAGGCGACAGUUGUUAGCUAAAUGUUCAGUCUUUUGAAAGCUGCGGUGGAGUGGGCCGGGCGGAAGGCAAGGGUGUUGUCUUGGGAUAAUCCUUUAUUAGUUAUUAUAUUUUAAUUAAUUAUUUGUCAUUAUCAUCGGUAUCAUUGAUAGUUGCAACAUGUGAUAUGAUUAACCCAAAGGAAAAAAAAUGGAGAAAAAGACUAGGGCUGACGGGAGAGGCAUAUGCUUAUCAAGCCCUGUCCCCUUCAACCAAGGACGCACAAUCAAUACAUGGUAGAGUAGGCAUUAUACAUUGCAAUACAUGAACAGCUUUUUGUUUUGUUUUGGAUUUUUUUUGUCUUCCCAUGAAUUUUCUUCCCAAAAGUCAUUGAUUGGACAUAAUACUUAGGUAAAGUUGUCGAUCAAUUGUGAGUUAGGGUGAUUGUCAUAUUUGUGUAUCCAGACGUGAAGGUGUUGGUCGGACAUGGGCGUUGGCUCGAUGUAGGUCGCAUUGUUGAAAAAAUUAUGUCCAGUGAACUCAGCGACCAGUUCAGCAACAGAUCAAAUCAAGUGGACAACAUGCACAUAUGACAGCAGUUAAUGUUCUGCAUAUACGGCGGGGCUUAUUUUUUAGGACAGGCUAUGUUGUGACUACUUUAUCUUUGCCCCUGACAUUCCUAUCAGUUAUUUGUUGAGGGAACACUAUGUUGUGUCUGUGUGUGGCAGUGGUUUUAUAGUGUUGAAGGUCAAUCAUGGCAGCGACUCAGAAUACUGUCCUUGUAUUUCCUUUUAAAGGCAGCGAGUGACCCUAUGCAGUGACCCUUCUGUGGUAUGUUUGGGCGGUCAAGUUUGUGUCAUCUUUCGUGGCUGGGUGGUGGCUGCCUCGGCACCUGGUGUUCAGCAUGCCUUGACAUCUCGAGCGAUCAAUUUGUUGCCGGGAGGGUUUGCCCACCUGUAAGCCUAAGAGGUGAGUUCACGACCUGGCCGCUAGUUACGUCCCUGUUCACAGCAGGUGUCAUUGGUACUGGAAAACUGACAUGGUGCAAUGGGCGGGUUUCUCCACUAAUAGAACCCGCUUGGCUCUGUGCUUGUUCGCCAUUUUGAAUUUUAUGAAUAUAUGAGUUCAAGGGAUUGGAUCGUCUUGAUGCUGUAGAUCAGGGGUCUCCAACCCAGUCCUCAAGGCCCACUGUGGGUCCUAGUUUUUGUUCCAGCCGAUCCAGCAGAGACAGUUGAACCAAUGAGGCUUCUGCUAAAACAAGCCACACCUGACUGCAAUCAACUGAUUGCACAUGUAAAACACCAGAUUGGGGAAAAAGUGUUGUCACCUUGUAUGGUAGGAAUGAAAUCCUGCACCCACAGUGGGCCUUUGUGGAAUAGGUUGGGGACCCCUGCUCUAGAUGAUUUGGUAUACAUAUUCGAGCCCGAUAAUGAUUCCAAUACUUUCAUUUUGCAGCUUAGCAGCUUCGAUAUUUGCUUCCAGUUCCAGUUGUUCUCGUUUCUUUCUCAACUCCUCUUCCUGUUUCUCCAGGGCGUGUUUAUCCCUGAGCCGUUGCUGAUGUACCGUGAGAGCGGCUACUUCCGCCUCGGCGAGGAUUCACGCUUUGGAAACUCCAGAAUCUGAACAUGAAGAGCUUCCUUUGCUGCUCCUGCCAUGAUUAGAUACACUGUCCUCUGGUCGUAUUUGAUCCAUGAGUGAAUUCACACCUUCAUGAUCUGGCUUAAUUGAUUGAGAGGCGAAAAUAUUGUCAAGCUGAACACCGUUAAAAUGAUGGUCUUGUCCUCCCAAUAAAAAAAGGUUUAGCAUUUGGAAGGAUGGAAAUAUAGUUCGGGGGAUAUUUGCCUUUUAAUUGAACACUUACGUCAAUUUCAUUGUGUGUGUCAUUAAUUUUCUCCUCAGAGAUUAAAAACAUUGGUUGGCUCUGCAACUUCUGUUUUGUCAGUCACAUGACCCUGAGUAUCAAUCACAUUAGACCUCUGCCUAGAUGAUUUUUCAGUUUUUUUGCAUCCAUAUUUUUACAUCUUCAGCAAAGUCUUUAGUUUGGAUACACGUUCAAACCAUUCAUUUUGAGCAAUCUGUUCAGUUUUGGGCAGUAAUACAAUCACUGAAUCAUGAUUAAUUUUUGCUUGUUCAUACAAUUGAAUCAAUGAAUCCAAUUUACAUUGCACAUCUCUUGCAUUCACAUCAUCGUGCAUCAGCCCUUUAAUUUCAUUGGUGAUUCUUUGAAUUUGUUUUACACGAGUGGCGUUGCUUUUGAUG